AAUUGAACAUUUUAGUAUAAAACCAUCUAUUACCUUCCUAUUAUACAAAAUGUGUCUGCAAUACUUAAUUAAGUAACAUGAUUGAUACUCUUUUUUCUUUUGGGAUUCAAUUUGAUCAUGAUGUUGUCAUUUUUAAUUGGAAAAUAGGUAUAAAUGGAUUCUCAGCAAUUGUGUGAUGUUGAAUCCUUUAUGAUUCUCGAGGAGAUUGUGGUGCAUUCCUAUAUUGUCCUUAUCUGCUUUUUUAUGGCUAUUUACAGCAUGUUAUUAAGAAAACAAUCUACAAAUAGGCGGGGCAUUCGAUAUUGUAUGAGUGCUAGAAUUCAAAAAAUCUUGUCUCAUCUGAAUGUUCUCAUUCGUGACAAUGAUAUUGUAUGUAUUGACAAGCUUAGGAUGGAUAGAAACGCCUUUCACAUAUUAGCCUCCUUAGCCAAGAAUAUUGGAGGUUUGACUGACAGUAAAAAUAUGUCGAGUACUGAAAAGUUAGCUAUGUUUUUAAAUAUUUUGGCUCAUCAUGAAAAGAACAGGUCUAUCAAAGUUGAUUAUAUUAGAUCGGGGUGGAGUGUAAGUCGAGCCUUUAAUGAAUGUCUAAGAGCUAUUCUUAAACUAACUCCAGUGUUACUUGUUAAACCUAAUCCGGUGCUCGAAGCUGAUAGUGAUGAUCGAUGGAAAUGGUUUAAGGGUUGUCUUGGUGCAUUGGAUGGUACUUACAUUUCCAUUAGAGUUGAAGCAAUAUAUAAACCAAGAUACAGAACACGAAAAGGAGAUAUAGCAACUAAUGUCUUGGGGGUUUGUGAUAGAAAUCUCAACUUUAUUUAUGUAUUACCUGGUUGGGAGGGAUCAGCCGCUGAUGGUCGUGUAUUGCGAGAUGCUGUUGUACGAAGAAAUGGGUUGAAAGUACCUCAUGGCAAUUACUAUUUGUGCGACGGAGGAUAUACAAAUGGAAAUGGUUUUCUGUCUCCCUAUCGAGGAUAUAGAUAUUGGCUAAAGGAUUGGCAAGGUGACAAUCCAUCACCUCGAUGUCGAGAAGAGCUCUUUAAUAUGAAGCAUGCUAGGGCACGUAAUGUCAUUGAAAGAACAUUUGGACUAUUAAAAGGACGUUGAGGAAUUCUUAGAAGUCCUUCGUGGUACUCAGUUAAGGUUCACAAUAGAAUUAUUAGUGCAUGUUGUUUGAUACACAAUUUCAUUCGAAGAGAGAUGGAAGCUGACCCCUUAGAUGUGGAAAUGGUGGAGAAUCAACAUGAACAUGAAAAUAUUAAUACAAUUGAAACAUCUGAUGAGUGGACCACUUGGAGGGAUGAACUAGCUCAGUCUAUGUGGAAUGAACGAUUGGGAAAUCAAUCUUUUUAAUUUUAAACUAUGUGUUAACUUUUGGUGUGCUUAUGCACUUUUGCUUUUGGUUUUCCAUUCACUGUAAAAUGUAAUACCGUCUAUUAUUUUGUAAAAAUUAAUGGUCAAUCUUUUGUAUGUCUCACAUUGUUAUUUGUACAAACAAACAGUGAAUCUCAAUGUAUAUCUAUUAUUUUAUAAUAUAAGCAGUGAAAUUCUCUUUAUCUCUU